UGGACUUGAAUGUCAAUGUGAAACUGCACUUUGUUGGAGUCCCGCGAUUUAAAAUUCUCAUUUCUGUGAACAUGAAACAAAGGUGACCCUUUCACUUGGCGGGUGGACAACACAGUUGCAGAGUCUAAUGCAAAGCCUGCAUUUUAGAACAGACACCGAGAACAGCCAACAUUUGAAAACUGGCUGGCACUGACAACGGAAAACAAAAUUAGACAGGUCCAAUGAGCCUAGGAAGUGACUAAACAGUGCAGUGGAUUCAAAAAAGACAAGGGAACAGAUUGGUGGUAAAUCAAAAACACACAAAUUAUGCAACAUUAAGGGAGAAGAGGAGCAAAGGAAGAGAAACAGAAUAAAGUGGUUCAUAAAAUCAAAGAGAGAGGGAAACUCAGCUUUAAGAAUUGGAAUAAGUGCAUGUUCAGGUCUCCAGUAUCCUCAGUGCUUGCUUUUAAGCACUGAGGAUACUGUCCUUUUUAUAAUCUCCCAGAAUGGGACUUGGAGAUUAUAAGAAGGACAGCCUGAGGAGGAGAGAUAAACGAUUGAUAGCAAAAGGACUGAGAGAUAGAAAAUCGGGGGCGUGGGGAGGAGAUGGAGAUACGGUUUAAUUCUGUACACAGGAAGCGGCGAAAGAAACUAAAGGUGAAUAAAGUGCGGAGUCCGAACAGUGUGUCGAGCGAGUGUAGAAAGUUUGACGGAGAGGCGGGGAGGGGGAGGAGAAGGGAAAGGCGGCUCGUCCACGAGAGGUAAAGAAAAUAAACAGAUUAUCCCCGAAAAAAGUGAGAGUAGGUCUGAGUGAAGGAGCUGGGAGGGUCAGUGCAGUCAGGAGGAGGGAGUUGGAGGAGGGGACGCGAGAGUGGAGGGUAUGUUUGGGGGCUGCCUUUCACAACUCGGAAACUCCAAGAUUAGAUGCCGGGAGGAUUUGCACUUUUCGAAGCGAGGCCGUAGGGAUUUUGAAAAUUAAGUCCCAAGCCUGGAUUAAUACUUUGGAAAGAGCUGAGGAAAUUCACUCUUGAUUGAGGAAGUCAAUGGAAGCGGUUCAGCUGAGUGACUGGGUCAGGAUGGCAGCGUGGGAACUCCAGCCCACAGUUCACACCGUCUCCCUGUACACUGGGAGCCAGCUCCAGCCCAACGCCACAGAUUCCAGCCGAUCCCACUGCUACCCGCCUUACUCCAGCGGAGUGCUCGAGUAGACCCCAUCGCAAGAGAGAUAAACUAACCUCGGGAAUACUUUGGGAGCACAUCGAGGAGUUUCUCUGCGGUCAACAGGUGUCUCUCUCUCUCUCUCUGCAACACAGAACUCCCUCAAGAAUUUGGAUUGUGUGAAAGUGCUGGUUUGGAAAGAUCACUGGUCGCUGUAGAGAUUGUCACUCACAGAUCUGUACAGUAUUGAUGUAACAUACCUUUUAGUCCGGGAGGACCGGUGGAUAAGAAUCACACACGCAAUGCUGGGACCUGAAACAGGGUCCAUAUUGCUAUGGAUGGCAUUCUGUCUGUUCAAGUAUGGGAUUGUGGAGGCUGAGAGAUGCGCGGUUAACAUGACUGGCAUCAGCCAGACCGGGGAUACCGUCCACCUUGUGUGGAACAGCCCGGGGAGCGCCUGCAACUUCAGCGUGGCUUACAAAUGGAACCAGUCCUGGGUGGAGAGCUGCAAACCCGCUCUGUCCAGCGGAGCUGCCUACGAGUGUGAGGUGAACGAGCUGGAGGCGGGCAGACUACACCGGCUCUUGAUUGUGUCGCUUACUGACGGGCUAUCGGCAAAUAUAACAGUGCAGACAGAUCCCAAACCACCCCAGAGCUUUGAAGUGAUCAAAAGUAGGACAACCUCCACCAGUCUCCAUGUGUUUUGGACUCCAGCACCUGGGAAUGUUGAUUUUUACGAAGUCAGUUUAUUUGGGAUGGACAAUAGGGAAACUCAGAACAUCCACAUCCCUGGGAGCUCCCACAAUAAAGAAGCCUCUUUUCUAAAACUGACACCAGGCAGCAGGUAUCGCUUCACUAUAAAGGCACAUGCUGGAAACAAGAGCUGUGAUGGACCCCACACUUUUGGAUCCACAAUUCCCUCUGGGGUGAAGGAUAUCCAGAUUUCAAGGGAACCAGACAGUCUCACCACAAUCUGGAUUCCUGGCCCUGGGAAAGUGGACAGCUUCAGACUGUCUCUGAGUGAUGAGGGAAAUGUUGUCCAGCAGAACACUUUUGCCAACUCGACCAACCACCACACUUUCAGGGGAUUAACAGCUGGCAGACUCUACAAUCUCACCGUGAUCAGUAUAGCGGGAGACCUAGAAACCAUCAGUUCAAAAUCUGUGCAGACAGCUCCAGCAAAGGUUCCAUUUGUGUUUGCAUCAAAUAACAGCAGCUGUAAUAGCCUCCUAGUUUCUUGGAAGAGAGCUGUGGGAGAUGUGGAUUCAUAUAAUGUCACGCUGUCUUAUCGGCGAACUGUGAAAGAAACCAAGAGUUUGCAAUCAAGUACAUCUAAGGUCGCCUUUCACGGGUUAACUCCAGGGCGUUUGUAUAACAUCACUGUCAAAACCAUCAGGGGAAAGCUGCAGGCAGUAGCUGCAAGUAGUGGCAGAACUGUUCCCCAAAGUGUCUCAAACUUGGCAAUGGCAAGCAAUGGUUCAACAAGCUCUCUGAGAAUGAGCUGGCUGCCCCCUACUGGAGACUGGGAGAGUUACCUGAUUCAACUGUUCAACCACUCCUCUGUCGUGCUGAAUGUGUCCGCUGAGAAGCAUAUCAGAGAAUAUGUAAUAAACGAUUUAGGACUCAUCCCUGGACGGCUAUAUAAGGCUGCAGUCAUUGUAAGGAGUGGAAAUUUAAAAAACGAGGCAUACUGCAGCGGGAGAACAGCGCCUCAGGCAGUCCUUCAUCUACGGAUAAAACACACUGAUGAAUCCACACUCAGUGUCUCGUGGACAACCCCAGUGACUGAACUGGACCGGUACCUUAUAUCAUUAAAGGACACAAAAAGUACAGAGAUGAAUAAAAGUCUGUCAAAAGAUGCCAAAGAUUGUACUUUCUCUGGCUUGGUACCUGGACGGAAGUUCACAGUUAAUGUAACCACAAUCAGCGGUGACUUAAGCAAAUCUGCUUCAAUAGAAGGAAGGACAGUGCCGGCUCAGGUGUCAAACCAUCAUGUGACAAACAAGGGGACAACCAACAGCCUACACACCAGCUGGACUAGAGCCGUUGGGGACAUUGACAAUUACCAAAUCCACCUCAUUCAUGAAAACAUUGUAAUCAAGAAUGAAAGUGUUUCAAGUGAAACCGAUCAAUAUCUGUUUCAUUCCCUGAAACCUGGAGGGUCAUACUCUGUGGUCAUCACCACUGUUAGUGGAGGAAUCUCCUCAAGACAAUCAAUAGCUGAAGAAAGAACAGUUCCUUCAAGUGUUCCCAGUGUGAUGGUGAAUAAUCAUGGUCGAAAUGAUUACCUUCUCGUUUCCUGGCUUCCUGCAUCUGGGGAUGUGGAUAGUUAUCUAGUGACUCUGUCCCACAACAGGAAAGUUGUCCAAUCUCACACAGUCUCCAAAACCAGCUUUGAGUUUCCUUUUGGUUCCCUUACCCCUGGAAGGCUGUACAAUGUGACUGUAACUACCAGAAGUGGGAGAUAUGAAAACUACACUGUCACACAACAGCGGACACAACCUGCAGUUGUACAAAGAAUCACAGUUAUCAACUCCGGAAAGAGUGACUAUCUGAAAGUGUCUUGGUUGGAUGCAUCAGGGGAUUUUGACUAUUAUAUAGUAACUAUCAAAAACAGUCACAACUUCAGCCAAAGCUUAGAGGUUCCAAAGUCUGAAAAUGAAUGCAUAUUCCUCAGUUUAAUUCCAGGACGGCUUUACAGCAUUACUGUUAGCACCAAGAGUGGGAAAUAUGAAUCUCAUCAUGUUGCCACUGGAAGAACAUUUCCGGCUGCUGUUGGUUCUCUAACUGUGGCUGAUAGGAGCACAGACACCCUGAAUGUUACCUGGGAAGCAGCUGCUGGUGACGUGGAUCGCUAUGAGAUUCAACUACUCUUCAAUGACAUGAAUGUUUUCCUUCCAAUAACACUCAGCAGCACAUCACAUCAAUUUACUUCCUUAACCCCUGGACGUCUUUACAAGAUCCUAGUCUCCACAUGGAUUGGGACCCUACAGCGUGCUGCCUUCAUCGAAGGUCGUACAGUACCCAGUGCAGUUAAAAAUAUCCAUGUUUCAAAUAAUGGAGUGACCAAGGGCCUGAAGGUGAACUGGUCUCCUGGAGGAGGGGAUGUGGACAGCUAUACCGUGAUCUUAUCCCACAAAGACCAUCAGGUCUCUGCCCGCCCUAUUCCAAAACACCAGCAUGAACACACCUUUUAUGAUCUAGAAACGGGAGAGCUCUACCAUGUGUUAGUUCGGUCAAAUAGUGGCAGCUUCCAUAACAAUGCAACAGCAUUUGGAUGCACUGUCCCUGCCUCAGUGUCAGACCUAUCUGUUGAAAACAAGCAUACUACCUCCACACUGGCAGUUUCUUGGCAGCCAGCCACUGGCAUCUCAGAGGGUUAUACACUGCAACUCCUUAAUGAACAAGGAACUCAAAUGCUUGCAAAUGUCUCUGUGCCAGCUGCCAGCAGGGGCCAUAAGUUCAUUGAUCUGACUCCUGGCAAGAAAUACAAGAUUCGUAUCUUCACUGUAAGCGGAGGUUUGUACAGCAUCGGAACCGACCGUGAGGGAAGAACAGUUCCAGCUGCCGUCACAGAUCUGAUGUUGCAUGGGAACAGCGUUGAGACCCUAUCGUUCAACUGGACCAAGGCAGAAGGAGAAUGUGACUCUUAUGAAAUAUACCUCUACAAUUCAGACAAGACACUUCAUGACAGGAAAUCUGGCACUCAGAAUCUUGAAGAUUGUUCCUUCCAGAACCUGACACCAGGCAAAAUGUAUAAGCUUGUGAUAGUCACUCAUAGUGGAGAUUUAACAAAUGAAUCCUCUGUUUUUGGAAGGACAGUUCCAGCUCAGGUUACCCAUCUGCAAUGGAUGAACAUUAACCAAACUGACAGCUUGCUGUUCACAUGGACCCCAGCUUUGGGGGAAUUUGAUUCCUACAACAUAUCACUUUAUAAUCCGAAUAGUACUGUUCAAAGCAAUAUAUUUGGAAAGAAAGACAUGAAGGAAUGCAGCUUUCAGGACUUGAUCCCUGGUAGGAUUUAUCGCAUGGUGAUAGUAACACAAAGUGGAGAUUUGAGCAAUAAAGCUUCUGCUGAGGGAAGGACAGCGCCCAGACCUCCAGGAUCAGUAUCUUUUGCUGAUGUUACAAACACUUCAUUGGUCAUCACUUGGCUGGGCCCUCCAGAUGGGACGGAUUAUGAUGACUUUGAGCUGCAGUGGAUUCCAAAAGACUCUCGGGUUGUUGUUUUCAACCCAUACAACACCAUGAAGUCGAAAGGACGAAUCAUACAGAAGCUCCAUCCUGGGCGUCACUAUACCUUCAUGGUGCGCACUGUCAGUGGGAAAUCAUUAACAUCCUUUAGUGAACCUGUUCAAGCUCCUAUCAGAACAAGGCCUGACAAAAUACAGCAUAUCAGGUGUCGGCCUCAGAGUUCCACUGCAGUCUCCUGCUCCUGGACGCAUCCUGACUCAGACUAUGAUGGCUAUGAUGUUAAAUGCUACCACUAUGACAAAAAAGAAUUGGUAUACUCACGAAGAGUUGAAAAAGAAUUAGUUCAAUACAUCAUCAAGGAACUAGAGCCGGACAAGAAAUAUUUAGUGGCUAUAAAAGUUAUCUCUGAUAAAAUGACCAGUGAUGCUGUUGAGGACAGUGUUAUUACCAUGAUUGAUAGUCCACCUCCUCCACCAUCACAUAUCCGAGUUGAUGACAAAGCAGUUGUCAUUACCAAAUCCACCAUAUAUUUCAAUUUUAAUUGUAGUUGGUUCAGUGAUGUCAAUGGAGCCAUAAAGUACUUCACUGUCAUAGUGUAUGAAUCAGAAGGUACCGAAACUACAAAGCCAGCCAAACAGCACCCCUUGCCAUCUUACCUGGAAUACAAACAGAACAGCUCAGUCCGAAACUAUCAGACAAAUUAUUUCUCAAGCAAAUGCGCAGAAAAUCCUGAUGGCACAUUGCAGAACUUUGAAAUAAAAGUUGGAGCUCAGAUGGACAGGCUGGGAGGGAAGUGUGAGAAGGAUCAGAAAACAUUCUGUGAUGGACCUUUAAAAUCUAGAACGUCAUACAGAAUCAGUGUGCGUGCCUUCACUCAGCUAUUUGAUGAAGAUAUGAGCAAUCCGUUGUAUUCAGAUACCUACUUCUCAAUGCCUAUCACUACUGAGGCAGAACCUCUUCUUGGUGUCAUCGAAGGAGCAAGUGCUGGUGUAUGCCUUAUUGUUGUCCUGAUUUCAGUCAUGGCCAUAAUUGUUUGCAGGAGGAAAGUGAAGCCAGCGAGUUCUGAAUCGAAACCCGCAUCAAAGGCAAAAGACAGGCCAUCAUCUGUCAAUGUUCCUCUUGUACAGGGGAGGCAACCUCCAAUUUCCAGAGAAAUUAAGACCAGCCAGUUUGAAACUCAAUUUACCAAACUUCAAGCAGAUUCCAGCUAUCUUCUGUCUGAGGAAUAUGAGGAUUUAAAAGAUGUUGGAAGAAACCAGUCUUUUGACACAGCAGUUUUACCUGAAAAUAGAGGGAAAAAUCGAUACAACAAUAUUCUGCCUUAUGACUCAACGAGGGUGAAGUUAACUUACAUUGAUGAUGACCCUUGUUCAGACUACAUCAAUGCCAGCUAUAUACCAGGUUGUAAUUUCCGAAGGGAGUACAUUGCCACACAAGGCCCUCUACCAGGCACUAAAGAUGACUUCUGGAAAAUGGUCUGGGAACAAAAUGUUCAUAAUAUUGCGAUGGUCACACAAUGUGUAGAAAAGGGAAGGGUAAAAUGUGAUCAUUACUGGCCCUUUGACCUUGAUGCUUUAUAUUAUGGAGAUCUCAUUGUUCAGAUGCUGUCAGAAUCAGUCUUACCUGAAUGGACAAUCAGAGAAUUUAAAAUUUGCAACGAGGAUCAAUUGGAUUGUGCUCGAAUUGUUCGUCACUUUCACUACACUGUUUGGCCAGACCAUGGUGUACCAGAAACAACGCAGUCUUUAAUCCAGUUUGUACAAACUGUGAGAGAUUAUAUUAACAGAACUCCAAACUCUGGACCCACAGUUAUACAUUGCAGUGCUGGAGUUGGUCGGACAGGCACAUUUAUUGCUUUAGACAGAAUCCUUCAGCAGCUGGAAGUCAGAGACUCAGUCGACAUUUAUGGGACAGUUUAUGACCUGAGGCUUCACAGGGUUCAUAUGGUGCAAACCGAGUGCCAAUAUGCGUACUUACAUUUGUGCACAAGAGAUGUUUUGAGGAGUAGAAAGCUACGAGGUGAACAAGAAAAUCCAUUGUUUCCAAUAUAUGAGAAUGUCAACCCAGAGUAUCACAGAGACUUUCUAUUUGGACGGCACUGAAGAAUGUAGUGAAAUUGUCUUCCGAUGUAAUGAACCUCAUCUGCAGUACUGCUGAAGAUGCACUAAGUAAAUACUAGGUCUGGCAUUUCAUGCUGUGCAUAAUUUAUUUGCCUGGUAUUCAUUUUGGGUAAUUUGUAAUUUAAUUGUAUUAGAGAUUAUUGUAUAUACGUAUAUAUUUCAAAUAAAUAUUUCUUAUAUUAUGUAUAUUUUUAAAAUUGAUGGAUUAUGUAUUUUAUUUUACUUAUUAUAAAAUUUAUGUUGUAAGUAAAUACAAAUCUGUAUAUGAUUUUGUUUUAUUAAUUACUUUGAUUUUUAAAGAGAUUUAUAUUCACAAUGUAAUAUUCUACACUAUCCAAAUUGUUUUAAAUGAGCACAGUUGACAUUUGGAAGGAAAAUUGUAACUGGAUGUACUUGAAAGGUAGUGUGCUGACACAUUGAGUCCUUACACUGCAGAGAUAUUUGAGGGCUAAAGACUUUGAAUAAACCUUAUGGUCCAGCUUUGAAGUCUACGGUGUGAUGUUCUUUAACAUCAGGCCUGUAGUCUUCCUAUUGUUUUAGCCAUUAAGACAUUUACUUUUUGGAAACACAAUUUUGCACUCAAAGCUGCUAGCCAAGUGUACAACAAUUCAAAGGCCUGUGAAAAUGGGAACCUCCCAGCAAUAACUGCCUAAAUUGAAAUAAAUAAGGGAGAGAAAUAGUGAACAUUGUGUGGAGUGUCCCAUUCCACCAGAAACACCCGAUCAAUAAGCAUGGAUGAAAAUUAACUAUAACGGGGAAGACACAGAUUUCAUUUCCUCACUCUAUUGGAGUAAGAAGAUAGUCAGAAGAUGAUAACUUUUUUGGUUUGAUUCACACUGAAGAACUAUUAGUUUAAGAAAUAUAAAGUUCAUAAGAAAUAAGAGCAAAAGUAUAACAUUUGGUCUAUUGAGCCUUCUCUGUUAUUCAACGUGACCAUUAUUAACAAAAUAGAAAUUGUUGGAAAAUCUCAGCAGGUCUGGCAGCAUCUGUGGAGAGAAAUUAGCGUUAACGCUUCAGGACUGAGGAGGUGUCACUGGACCCAAAAUGUUAACUCUGAUUUCUCUUCACAGAUGCUGCCAGACCUGCUCAGAUUUUCCACCAAUUUCUAUUUUGUUUAAGAUUUCCAGCAUCCGCAGUUAAUAGAUGUUGUGUUGACCUGUGAAAUUAAUCUGAUGCCCAUUUAACCUACACCAUUCUAUCAUUAUCCAUAUGUAUGUUCAAAGACCAUUUAAAUUCUUUCAUGCUUUUUUUUAUGACCAUUGUAAACCUGAUUGUGGCUUUAACUCUACUUUCCUAACUGUCCCCAAAACCUUCAAAUCCACGUAGCUCAAAAAUCUAUCUAACCAGCUUUGAAUAUAUAGAAUGACCUAGCUUUCACUGCUCUCUCUAGAAGAGAAUUCUAAAGACUAACAACACUUCAAGAGAAGAAAUUCCUUUUUUUCUGUCUUAAAGGGGAGCUGGCUUAUUUUUAAGUUAUUUCCCCUGGUUCUAGAUUCCUUCAUGAGGGGAAAUAUCCUUUCAAGCCCCCUCAGACGCUUAUAUGAUUUAAUAGUCAUGAUUUGGAGAUGCCGGUGUUGGACUGGGGUGUACAAAGUUAAAAAUCACACAACACCAGGUUAUAG